AUGCCUCUUGCGGGGAACAUCUACUACAUUGCGGCCAUCGCCGUUAUUGGCGGUGGUCUGUUUGGUUUUGACAUCUCGUCGAUGUCUGCCAUUUUGGAUACUACUGCCUACAAGUGUUAUUUUAAUCACGGUCCCGAAGGCCCGCCUUUCAACGAUUCCGAGAACUGUAGUGGGUUGAGCUCGUUGUCUCAGGGUGGUGUUACUGCUGCCAUGCCCGCUGGCUCGUGGCUUGGUGCUUUGAUUUCUGGUUUUAUCUCAGAUCGUCUUGGUCGUCGCUAUGCUAUUAUGACUGGAUGUGUUAUCUGGGUUAUCGGUUCUGCUAUUAUCUGUGCUUCUCAGAACAUGGGCAUGCUCGUUGGUGGCCGUGUUAUCAACGGUCUGGCCGUCGGCAUCGAAUCUGCUCAGGUUCCUGUUUACAUCUCCGAGCUUGCUCCUCCCUCUAAGCGUGGUCGCCUGGUUGGAUCCCAGCAGUGGGCCAUCACAUGGGGUAUUCUGAUCAUGUACUACAUCUCCUUUGGUUGUUCCUACAUCGGUGGAAACACCGCUACCACCUACAGCACUGCUGUUUUCCGAAUUCCCUGGGGUAUCCAGAUGGUUCCCGCCAUCCUUCUAUUCAUCGGCAUGAUCUCCCUCCCUGAAUCCCCCCGUUGGCUCGCCCGCAAAGACCGCUGGGAAGAAUGCCAAUCCGUCCUCACCCUCGUCCACGGCAAAGGCGACCCCAACAGCCCUUUCGUCAUGACCGAGAUGCAAGAGAUUCGCGAGAUGUGCGAGUUUGAGCGCCAGAACGCUGACGUCUCCUACCUGGAACUGUUCAAGCCCAAGAUGCUCAACCGCACCUUCAUCGGUAUCUUCACUCAGAUCUGGUCCCAGCUGACCGGUAUGAACGUCAUGAUGUACUACAUCACCUACGUCUUCCGCAUGGCUGGCUACUCCGGUAACGCUACCUUGCUCGCCUCGUCCAUCCAGUACAUUAUCAACGUCGUGACUACCGUCCCCGCUCUGAUCUGGGUUGACCGCUGGGGACGUCGCCCCACACUCCUGAUCGGUGCCACUUUCAUGAUGAUCUGGAUGUAUGCCAACGCCGGUCUGAUGGCCACAUACGGCACUGUUGUCCCUGGCGGUAUCGACGGUACCCCCGAGGAAUCUAUGCGCAUGAGCGGCGCUCCCGCCAAGGCCCUCGUUGCCUGCACUUACCUGUUCGUGGCGUCAUAUGCUCCCACCUGGGGUCCCGUGUCCUGGGUCUAUCCUCCGGAGUUGUACCCCCUCCGCGUUCGCGGGAAGGCGGUCGCCCUCGCUACAUCUGCCAACUGGGCAUUCAACACUGCCCUGGGUCUCUUCGUGCCCUCUGCAUUUGCCAACAUCCGCUGGGAGACUUACAUUGUCUUCGGUGUCUUCUUGACUGUCAUGUUGCUUCACGUUUACUUCAUGUUCCCUGAGACUGCUGGCAAGACUCUUGAGGAGACAGAGCAGAUCUUCGAGGAUCCUAACGGUAUCCCGUACAUUGGUACUCCGGCUUGGAAGACUACCCACGACACCAAGCGCACUGUCGCUGCCGAGCGUGGUGAUGUUGAGGUUCUGGGUGAGAGGUUGGCCGUGGGUGAGAAGUCUAUGGCUGCCCACACCGAGAACAAUUCCGAUGCUUCUUCAUAA